AUGACUCAGGAGCUGAAAUUUCCCAUGAAAAGUGUGUAUGCUCAUCUGUUGAAUGCAGAAAGAAUCAAUUGGAGUCCUCUUAUGUGUUCUAAUCCAGCUAGACCUCGUGCAACAUUAUGUCUAUGGAUGCAAUGUCAUGGGAGGCUACCUACAAAAGAUAGAAUGCUCCGGUUUGGUUUUAUUCAGGAUAAUGUGUGCAGCAUGUGUAGACAGGAUGUUGAAACAAAGGAGCAUGUGUUCUUUGAAUGCAGAUUUCCUAGAAGUAUUUGGUGUACUAUUUUGGAUUGGAUUAGCAUUAAGCACACCCCUCUGAUUUGGAUAGAUGAACUGAGAUGGGUUAUUGAUAAUUCUAACAAGAAGGGAUGGCGGGCCAAGAACCUAAAGCUAGCAUUUGCUGAAGUGGUUUAUGGGAUAUGGUCCCAUCGCAACAACCUUAUAUUUGGUACAAAUUCUACUGCCACUCUCCAGACUAUCAGAGAUUGCAUAUAG